CUCCGAGCCCGGAAGCCGGAAGCGUCUCCGGUCGGCGGUACCAUAGAGAGGCUCGGCGGCGGCUGCGGGAGGACGGGGCCAGAGCGGCCCCGAGAGCGGCACUUCCGGUAGCGGCGGGUGGAGGACUGAGCCCUGAGGAGGAGGAGGAGGAGGAGGAAGGUCAUGGCGGACCCGGUGGAGACGCUGCAGGAGGAGGCGAUCUGCGCCAUUUGCCUCGAUUACUUCAUGGAUCCCGUGUCCAUCGGCUGCGGACACAACUUCUGCCGCGGCUGCAUCGCGCAGCUCUGGGCCGCGGAGGCCUCGGAGGCCGCGGAGGCCUCGGAGGCCGCGGAGGCCUCGGAGGAGGAGGAGGAGGAGGAGGAAGAGGAGGAGGAGGAGGAGGAGGAAGAGUUGGAUGUGGUGGAGGAGGAGGAGGAUGAUGGGGCCGAGGAGGAGGAAGGAGACGGGAUGUGGAGUGAGGAGGAGGAGCUGUGGGGGGAGGGGGAGGGGCUGUGGGGGGGGGGGGGGAUGUACUUGGGGGAGGAAGAGUUCGAUGAGGAAGUAAUGGAGGAGGAUGUGGAGGAGGAGGAGGAGGAGGAGGAGGAGGGGGAGGGGGAGGAAGAGCAGCCCCCGGGCCCGUUCACGUGCCCGCAGUGCCGGAAGAGCUUCGCGCAACGCAACUUCCGGCCCAACCUGCAGCUGGCCAACAUGGUGCAGAUCAUCCGGCAGCUGCACCCGAGGCCGCAGCGGCCGCAGCCUCCAGGUGCUACUGGUGUUACUGGUGUUACUGGUGUUACUGGUGGUACUGGUGUUACUGGUGUUACUGGUGUUACUGGUGGUACUGGGGGUACUGGGGGUACUGGGGGUACUGGGGGGGGUCCCGGCCCCGCCGAGCGCUGCCAGCGGCACCAGGAGCCCCUGAAGCUGUACUGUGAGGUGGAUGAGGAAGCCAUCUGUGUGGUGUGCAGGGAGGCCCGAGGCCACAAGCAGCACAGUGUGGUGCCGCUGGAGGAGGUGCUGCAGGACUAUAGGCACAAGCUCCAGAGCCACCUGGAGCCGCUGAAGAAGAAGCUGGAGCUGGUGCUGAAGCAGAAGUCCAAUGAGGAGGAGAAGAUCACGGAGCUGAGGGCCAAGAUGAAGCUGGAGAUGAAGGAGCUGGAGUCAGACUUCGAGCGGCUGCACCAGUUCCUGGUGGGGGAGCAGGUGCUGCUGCUGCAGCAGCUGGAGGAGAGAUACCAGAGCCUGCUGGGCAGGCAGAGCAGCAACGUGAGGCUGCUGCAGGAGCAGAGUGUGGCCCUGAGGCGUCUGCUGGCUGAGGCGCAGGACAAGAGCAGGCAGGAUGGGCUGAGGAUGCUCCAGGACAUCAAAGGCACCUUCAUCAGAUGUGAGAACAUGAAAUUCCAGGAGCCGGAGAUGGUCCCUGUGGACGUGGGCAAGAGAUACAGGAACUACUUCCUGCAGGACGUGGUGAUGAGGAAGAUGGAGAAGGUCUUCUACAAGGUCCCUCAAGCGGACGUGACCCUGGACCCCAGCACAGCCCACCCUCGCCUCAGCCUAUCCCUGGACCGCCGCAGCGUCCGCCUGUGCGAGCGGCGCCCGGAGCCUCCGGAGCCUCCCAAGGCCUCCGAAUGGGACCUGUCGGUGCUGGGAGCUCCAGGCUUCAGCUCCGGGCGCCAUUGCUGGCAGGUGGAGGUGUGCGGGCGCCGGGGCUGGGCGCUGGGAGCCGCGCCGGAGCCGCCGCGCCGCAAGGCGAUGGAGCCGCAGCCCAAGAGGGAGGUUUGGUGUGUGGGCAGCAUUGGGAAGCGCUUCCAGGCGCUGACGGCGACGGAGCAGACGGUGCUGGCGCCGGUGGAGAGGCCCAGGCGCUUCCUGCUCUAUCUGGACUAUGAGCGAGGGCAGCUCUGCUUCUAUAAUGCAGACAACAUGAGCCACAUCCACACCUUCAAUGCCUGCUUCCGGGAGCGCAUCUGCCCCUUCUUCCGGGUCCUGGCCAAGGGCACCCGCAUCAAGAUCUGUGCCUGAGGCUGCUCCUGGUGCUGCUGCUCCUGCGCCUUGGGUUCCAUCAUCUGGAUACUGCUUUGGGGUCUGGAGCUGCUUUUCCUGCCCCUUGGAUUCCAUCUGGAUCCUGCUUUGGGGUCUGCACUGCUUGUCCUGCCCUCUAGAUUCCAUCUGGAUCCUGCCCCUGGCACUGGUGCUGCUGCUCCUGCACCUUGGGUUCCAUCAUCUGGAUCCUGCUUUGGGGUCUGCACUGCUUGUCCUGCCCCUUGGGUUCCAUCUGGAUCCUGCCCCUUGGAUUCCAUCUGGAUCCUGCUUUGGGAUCUGGAGCUGCUUUUCCUGCCCCUUGGGUUCCAUCCGGAUCCUGCCCCUUGGGUUCCAUCUGGAUACUGCUUUGGGGUCUGGAGCUGCUUUUCCUGCCCCUUGGAUUCCAUCUGGAUCCUACCGGGAUCCAGCACUUGUCCUACCCCUUGGAUUCCAUCUGGAUCCUGCUUUGGGAUCUGCACUGCUUGUCCUGCCCCUUGGAUUCCAUCUGGUUCCUGC